AUGAUCAGUGGACGCCACAAGAGCAACGAUUUGGUUACGAUACUUUGUCUGGGCUGCUGCUCCCUGCUGCUGCUGCUCCUCUCGGCCGCACCUCUGGUCCACUCAGCCUCAGCCUCAGCCGGCGGAGUCUUCGAGGUCUUGGCUCAAUCAACAGCGUCAGAGACGGAGGCGACCACGACAACCAAAACGACGGCGGUGACGACGGUGACGGCGACGAAGACAAAUGCCAGUCAGGAUGAGGUUGGUCAGCCACAGCCACAGUCACUGACGCCCAGUGCGACAACAGCUCCUCGACUGGAUCACAACAACAACAACGAGUGGCGUCCGCUGGGCCAUGGGGAUCCCCUGCAAAAGGAUCCAACCUACGACUACAGUCCGCCCGCCCUGGAGAGGGUGCGCUAUUGGGCGGAGAACAAUGGCACCGGACAGAGUAACCCAGAGGCCAGGAAGAAGGAGCUGCCACCGGAGGUGUUGCGGAACAAGACAAAGAGUGAGAUCCUCCUGCUGGGCGUGGCCAGUGAGCGUGUGAGGGUGCCACAUUCGCAUUCCUAUCCAGGAUUGGGAUUGGGAUUGGGACAGCAUCAACAGCAGCAGCAACAACAGCAGCAGCAUCAACAGCAACAGCAGCAGCAACAGUUGGCAAAGUAUGCGGCUAUACGAAGGAGUUACUAUGCUCCGCCACAGCAGCAGCAGUUGCAUCAGCAAAUUCAACAACAUAAUCAACAAUUUCAACAACAGUAUACGCAAAAGCAUCAACAACAUGCCCAGAAUCCACAGCAAAUCCAUUCACAAAGUCAACAGCAUACACCAAUGCAACAACAUUCACCAAUUCAACAACAGCUCCUGCAAAAUCAACACCAACAACAGCCCCAAUUUCAACAACAACAACCACCACCACAACAGCACAUGCCGCCCACGCAUUUAAUGCCACCGCCUAUGAUGAUGAUGAAAGCGGGCUCUGGCUCUGGCUCUAUUGAAUAUCGUCACAGCAUGACGGGUGGCAGUCCGGGAUCCAUUGCGGGUUCACCCAGCAUGAGCACCUCCUACAUGAGCCACAUAAGCCACAUGAGUUCGCCAGCACCCAAGCAAUUCAUGACCUCAUCGAUGGCCUACCAUCCGUCCUACACCUCCUGGCACUCCUCUGCGCCCAUUAGCGGCAUGUCAAGCAUGCCGCCGCAUCGCUUGAGCUACGCCGAUGCCCAUCACCAGGAGUCCAUGCAGCACUACAGCUUCAGCUCCAGGCCCCACCAGACGGUGAGCUAUUCGCCCAACUCCCUGCCGGGACAUCUGGGGGCUUCGAAGGCGUCCCUGAGGAAGCCCUGGCUGCACGAACUACUGCAGAAGGAGGUGGUGGUCAAGCCGAAGGUGAAACCCACAAUGCCGGCCACCAAGUACCUGAUGGGCACGAGCAAACCGCAUCAGGCCCUACCGCCGGCAGGCUAUGGCAUUAGUUCGACGCGCCCACCGAUGGGCUACGCACCCGUGACCUUUGUGCCGGGUCCACCCACCAUUGCAGUGCCCACUGUGGCCAGCAGCCUGGGCCAGGAGAUCUACAUCACGCCCACACCGCAGACCAGCAGCAGCUCCGGCUUCCGACCGAUGCUGGUGACCAGUCCAACCAGUUCCGCCACCAUAUCCAUACCAAUGACCACUCCCACGCCUCUGCCCAUUUAUCUACGCCCUGGAAGCAGCAGCCCCACUACCACAACGACGACAACGACGACUAACAACCGCCUGCUGAUCCCUCAGACGAGCAAUCUGGCUCAGCGUCCCACCGUGGCACCCGCGCCAGAAUCCACCACCGACUCGCUCUUUUCGCACUAUAAGCAGCCGCCAAAGGCUCUGCUCGGGCCCAUGUAUCUCAUCAUCGAGGGUCACUCCAAGGUCAAGACCUAUGGCCAAAACGAACUGGACCCCCACAGUCCGAAGAUAGUGCCGGUAAUCUCCAAGCGGGAACCUGUAGUCCGUAUCGCCGAUCCGAAUGAGAAGCGUGGGACAGUGGAGACCUUUCAGGUCAAGCAUUUGCAUACGAAAACAACGCCAAUGACGACAACCACACCAAGGCCUGUGACGACAACCACAGAAAGGCCAGUCACCAGCAGCUCCACCAGCAAACCCACACAAAGAACAACCACGUUGAAGACAACAACGACGACGACGACGACUACAACUUCUUUGCCGCCAUCGACAACUCCAUUUACUACUCCAUCAUCGACAGCCCCAUCUUCUCCGACGCCCUCCGCAAGUGGCGUCAAUGAUCUGCUAAGCCUGCUGGACAACAUGUUUGCCGAUGUCCAUGAGAUUGCCUCCUCGACAGUUUCAGUCCCAGUCCCGAAGCCGAAGCCGAACCCAAUCCCAGCCAGCAGCACCAUGAGCACCAUCCUGAAGCCGGUGAGCACCAGGCUGCUGCCCCAGCAGCCAGAGCCACGAAUUGGCACGCAGGCAGGUAGUAUAUCGAGUCUACUGGAAAAUGAUGAAGCUGGCGAGGAUCUGGGGUCAGAUCCACCAGCCACCAGCACGGAGCUGCCGCUGCGGUCAACGCGUCAGGUCUUUGAUUAUGAUCAAUUGCCCGAGUCGAGGGUUAGCGUAGGGGCCACGGCCACAACCGACAUGGAAUACAAUGAUGAUGAUGAUGAUGAUGAGGAGGAGGAGGAGGAGGAUGAGCUGGAGGAGGCGAGUUUCGAUGAUGGGGCUGCCACUUCUGGCAGUCAGCAGGCGGAGAACGAAGAGGCUGAAGAGGAGGAGGAGGACAACGAGUACAAUCUACUCAAACGCAUCGAUAGAUUCGUGGAUGAUGUGGACGAUGGAGAGGACGAUUUGGAGGAUUUGAUUGAGGAGAGACGACAGCAGCAUUAGCCUAAGAUGACACAAUUUUUCUUAACUGCGCUCUAUACCAAAUCUAUCAGAAACUUUUCUUACACUUAAAUGUUUUUGUAAAUAAGUCAGCUUUAAAUGGAGGAGAACCGAUCUGUAUCUGUAUCUGUAUUUAUUUGUUGUUAGUUGUUAGGCCCUGCUGACGUCACAAUGUGACUGCAAAGUUAGUUACAAUUAAUUUAAAUCAUUGAAAUGUCGUUUGUUUUGUAGUUGUUAGUGCAAUAAAA